AUGAAUCUACCCGCGCAGAACUCCGAGACGGUUCCGAUGAGCCACAAAGCACUACACAGAUUCUAUGAGCCGAUCAUCCUUCUCAAAGCUUUGAAUGUUGAGAUGAAGGACGCUGCCGACUUUGUCGAUUCUGACGACGCGGGACAUCGAAGAGACCCGGAAGAAAAGUUCGAAGCCUUCGUCUAUAAGCUGGCCCACGUGUGCGACAGCGUUAAGGGAAACCAAGGCGGCACGAUUACCUCGGUCAUGGUGCUAGAGCCACAUUUCGCAGAAGGUGACAUUAUCGAGUACCGGUUCGCCUCUAACGGCCGAACUGAAGAUGAAGCAGAGGUCACUUCGGAAUUUAUAAGGUCGCUUCUUGGUCACCUUCGCAUUGCGACAUUCCCAAACGACGAGCCAGCUGUGCGGAGAUGCUUGCUUAGACAUGUCCUUCUAUUCAAUCGAAGUCGGAUCGCGUCAUACCUGACGGCAAUACUUACGGAAGUUCAACGCUCUCUUGACAAGUGCUUGAUCGCUCAUGACGAUGACGAAGAUUUACUCACUAUCUGCAUGAUGCAAGGCAACACGAUUGCGACGACUUUAAGGACUAUUCUUGCCUUGCUUGAAUUCAAUUGGGGCAACGUACCGAUCCCGAGACCCAUUCGGUCGAAGAGCAUGAAGGCGGAAGGAAUUGUCGGGCGUAUGACGUCCGAUACAGAAGUUAUCGAAGUAUUUCGGGGUUUCGCCAGGGAUCUCCAGCUUCAAAAUCUCGACGCGAGAAUCGAAACCGAGUCUACGAAAAACACUUUCCGGCCAAUUGUUCAUUCGGAAAUCCUACUACUUGACAACCUCGAGAAACGCGGCCCCAUAACUCCCGAAAGGUUCUUCCACGGGUGGAUGUAUAUUGGUAGCAGCAAGCCCCUUUGUCGCUUGUGCCAGUACUACUUCGAUAUGCACCGCUCCGGAGUAAAACACCGUAAAAGCCAUCUGAACUUGUACACAAGUUGGAGGCUGCCCGAUGUCCUACGGUCUCAGGGCGCCAAGGGCGUGGAAAGAAGACAGAACAUGAUCAACAGAAUGACCGAAAGAGUUCGCCAUGACGUAUUCGACUUGAUACAGAAGAGAGUCCAGCCAAUGCACAGGAACCAUGAUAGCUUCACAUCUUCGGUGAGAUUCACGCUGGAUGGGAGGUGGGCCAUGGCCUCUACUGCCUCGGAUGUUGCGUCGCAAAUGGAAAGCUUGGCUUUGGAAGAUUAUGAGGAUGAUGAACAAGGUGGAGUUGCCUUGGCCAAGACAGAUAUUUAG